AUGAUGGGCACCAACCACGCCACGCGUCAGGCCGAGCUGCUGCGCUUCCAGCACGACCCGGCCUGCCCCGUCCUGCUGCUGCUCAUGAGCAACGCCAGCGGGGCCGCGGGGCUCACCCUCACGUGCGCCACGACGGCCUUCAUAUUGGAGCCGCCCCUGAACCCCGGGCUCGAGGCGCAGGCGGCGGCGCGCAUCCACCGGCUGGGCCAGACGCACCCCACGCGCGUCGACACCGUGGAGGACCGCGUGAUCGCCUACUCGGCCUGGCGGCAGCAGCAGGGCCAGGCGGCGGCGGGCGGCGGCAACAGCGGCGGGCCGAGCGGCAGCGCAGAUGGCGGCGGCGGCGGCGCGGAGUGGGAGGAGGGCGCGGGGGCGCCCGCGGCGGCGGAGGCGGCAGAUAGCCGGGUGCUGCUGCGGUUCUUCGAUUUGACGAGAGCGCCUGCUGCCGGCGGCAGCGGCGGCGGCGGCGGCGCGGGGGCUGCUGUGAGCGGCGCGGGCGGCAGCAGCUGA